AUGCCUGCAUGCGGACAGGGGACGAUGAUGCGGACAGGGGACGGCGAGGGCAGGGGACGGCGAGGGGAGGGGGCGGCGAGGGAAGGGGGCGGCGAGGAAAAGGGGAGAUGGGGUUACGAUAUCCUGGGAGGUCCCUGUGGGAGAGCGAUGAUGUUAGGGGGGCAGCAGCGAGGAUUCCAGGCCAUGCGUGCAUGUGGGAAGAAGGCGAGCGAGGGUAUGGACGUGAAAAGAAGAUGGGACAGGGGAAGAUGCGGACAGGGGAAGAUGCGGACAGGGGAAGAUGCGGGGACAGGGGAAACAGGGGCAGGGGGGGAUAUAAGAGAUGGGCAGGGGGAAACGGGGGCAGGGGGGGAUAUAAGAGAUGGGCAGGGGGAAACGGGGGCAGGGGAAGAUGAGGGCAGGGGAAGGGGAGGGCAGGGGAAGGCGCGGAAGGGGAAGGCGCGGGCAGGGAAAGGCGCGGGAAGGGGAAGGCGCGGGCAGGGAAAGGCGAAGGCAGGGGAAGGCAGGAGGAAGGAAAGCGUGGAUGGGCAGCAAGGGCGGAGCACAAAGAUUGUGGAAGGUGCACCGCACGCAGAGCCACGGCGUGUGCGACCGCCGUCUGUGUGUCUAAGGACGGUGUGUGCGGACAGCCAAGCCACACGCCCCAACGUGCCUUAUGCAGCAUACCACACGCCCCAACGUGCCUUAUGCAGCAUACCACACGCCCCAACGUGCCUUAUGCAGCAUACCACACGCCCCAACGUGCCUUAUGCAGCAUACCACACGCCCCAACGUGCCUUAUGCAGCAAAGCGAUUCGCUCCAUCUGA